AUGAAAGCAUUUUUAUCAAGCUUAGUUAUCAGUGGUGGACUUUAUUUUGGAUAUUAACUUAAAUUAGGACCAUAUUCAGGAAAAGGAGAAAUUUUAGAAGUUAAAGUUCCUGCAAAAAGAUUUCUUUACUAUGAAACUUAAUAAUCAUAUUAUAAAUCAGAAAUUGAAGUUUCAAAGUUUAUAGAAGAGUUGAAAUAAAAAAACAUUUUUGGUACUUUCCAUAAAGUACAACUUACUGGAAAAGAUGAUUAGAGUGGGCUGCAGAAUUAUUUGAUUGGUAUUGAAGAAACUAUGGAGAAUAUGAACACACUGAAACAGUACCAUGAAAAACUUAAAGUAGCAGAUAUUCCUUCUUAUCCUGCAGUAGAAGUUUCCCUUAAUUAUGAUAAAAAGAGCUUCUUACUGGUUGCUAUGCAAAUGACUUUCAAUGUUCAAAGUUCUAUAUUGAAUUUUGUUAAAUAAAAUGAGUAAAAAUUUAAAGGAAUAAACCCAGAAGUUUAUCUCAAAUCAGUCACAAUAGGUACAAAUAAAAAAUUAUUAUAAACAUCUAUAUCUUAUCCAUUUGGAGAAGGUAUGGAGAUUUAUAAUGAAAUAAAUAAAAAAGGAUUUUAAUCUAUUGACACAAGCUAACAAAAAGAUCAAAAUAUAUAAAAUAAUUAAAGUAAAUCAUAAUGA